GUGUAGUGUAAUAUUGGGGGGUGCCACUACACUUUCCUUCCUUAUCUCUUUACACUCCAAACUGUCUGCUAUUUAUAUGUUGGAGACUUACCUGCAUUUUUGUACUAACCAAACAAAUUACGGCAACUUCAAUAAUAUAUAGAUUCUCAUUCUUUCAUGUCCCUAAAUGAGAAAGAGCCUUGCGAGUUUCCGUCACAAACGCCCGCCCAACCCCAGCCCAACCCACACCGUGUCGCCAAGAAACGCACCCGCCAAGACAACCACUCCCCGUUUCGCGGGGUACGUAAGAGGAGGUGGGGGCGUUACGUCUCCGAGAUACGGUUACCGGGUCAAAAGACACGGAUAUGGCUGGGGUCGUUUGGGUCACCGGAGAUGGCAGCUCGGGCAUAUGACUCGGCAGCUUUCUUCUUGAAAGGCGACUCUGCUAUCCUCAACUUCCCGGAGUUAGUGGGGUCACUUCCCCGGCCAGAGUCUUGCUCGAGGAGGGAUAUACAAUCCGCGGCGGCCAAAGCGGCUUUGCAGGAAUCGGUGGGCAGGGUAAAAGAUGAGGAGGGUCCGGAAAGCUUCGGGUGGUGGGAUGCUGUGGGGAUGGCGGCGUUUGAGGAAGUGAAAGCAAGUCCGUUGAGGUUUGAUUCAAUGGAGGGAGAGCUGUUGUCUUUCAUGGAGGAUGAUCAUCAUUUCUUCACUUCCUGCUUUGAGUUGUAAAUAUAUAUAAUAAUGAUUUUCUAUUCUAUAUAUUAUUUGAUAUCUUCUUACCUUAGGCUUAGGGUCUUUGCUUGUUAGCCUGCAUGGACCAUGGUUUAGCUUACUUUAUUUAACUUUUUAUUAAGUCCCUAUGUUUGCAAGGCAUAAUUAGCGAUGUUAGGAGAAGUUGAUCUUCAUUAAUAAACUGAUUUGAGGAUGAAAACGUCUUUAGCCAAUCCUUUAAAUUCAAUAAUUGAAAAAUACCCAAAGAAGCAGAAGCUCUCAAUAGGGAAUGGUCCUCCACCCAAUGGUGGUAGAGCCACCAAGAAAGUGCAAUUCAGGGAAGAAGAUGGGGUGAUGAAGGUCGAAAUUCUCAGAUGCAUCAAACUGAGAAGCCUUUUUCUUUUAGGGACAAGCUGAUGGAUGCAAACAUGGGCAAUGAAACCGUAGAGAAGGAUGAUAUUGAGAUUAGGGAGGUGGAUAUGACAUUAGAAGUUCUUGCUUAGACUUAAAAUUGAACUCGGUUGUUAUUUGGGUUGAGCUUUUGACAAAGAUUUUUAGCUUCAACCCCAUUCUCUCUAUAUAUUUUAAUUAUUGUAAAAUUAUAAAUAAAUAAAAUCUAAUUUCCAAUUUACCUAAA